GCGGCCGGUGGGAUCGUCGGGAGGGGAAGCAGGAACUCAGCCCGAGGAGGAGGGAGGAGCGGAGAUCAGCUGAGCCGCAGCAGCCCCGGGAAAUUCUGGCGGAGAGACGGCGGGCAGGCUGUCUUCACCACCAUGGGGUCGAGAAUUGGAGAAGGCUGGGCCAGCACCAUUGCCUCUUUCCGCUCAAGCCCCACAACUUUCCUCUUGACCCACGGCGCCGGUGACACCUUUCUCGCCGAGCUGUUGCGAGAUCUGCGUAAUGAGAAGCUGGGGGAGCAGGUCAAGGUGUCCAUGCUGACGCUCCUCCUGGAAUACCCCGCUCUGCUGUGCCCCGACGCCGAGGCGGGCCGGGCGGCGUCGGCGUCUCUGCUCUCGCUCUUUGCCCAGGCGGGGCCCCGGCAGGCGGGCCUGCGGUGCCAGCUGCUGUUUGCCGCGGCGACGGUCCUGGUGGCCCUGGACGCCUUUGGGGAAGGCUGCCCGGCCUCCCGCGAGUUCCUCUCCCUCCUGCUCCACCUGGCUGCGGACCUCAACGACCGGCACGGGGGCCCGGCGGAGCGGCCCGUCCGGGCGGCCGCCUGCGAGUGCCUGCGGGAGCUGGAGCUCUGCUACCCGGGCCUGCUCUCCCGGCGCCUAGAGAUCCUGCGCUCCCUCCAGCAGCAGGAGGCCUCCCCGGCCCACCAGGCCUACACCCUCCUCUACAGCCUGGCCCUGCGCAACGCCAUCUUGCUCCUGGCCCAGCGGGGGCCCGGCUCCUUGGGGGAGCUGCUGGCCGGCAGCGAGGGCCUGGUGUGGGAGGCCACGCGGCGGCCCCCGGCGCUCUCGCCCGCCGCCUUCGAGCGGCUGCUGCUGCGGCCCCCGCCGGGCGAGCUCAAGGAGCUGAAGUCGGUGGUCUCGGCCCUGCUGGAGAGCUCCUACGCCCUCUCCCCGGCGGCCCAGGGCCACCUCCUGGGCCACCUGGCCCAGGCCGUGAGCGUGGUCCGCACCCAGUCGCCAGCCCUCUUCAAGGCCCAGCUGGUGCGCCUCUUCGGCCUGGCCGACGUGGCCUUCCUGCACGCCAUCCUGCAGCUCAAGGCCCUCUUCACCGACAGCCUCUUCACCGCCGAGGACGAGGCCUUCCUCCUCCGCCGGCUGGUGGGCCUGGCCCAGCACCCGGCCGUGCCCGCCCCGGUGAGGCUCUUCCACCUGGACUGCCUCCUCCACUUCCCCGAGAACCGGCCGCUGGGCGCCGGCGCCGAGGAGGCCCUGCCGGUGCUCCUCACCCCCCGGGCCACCUCGGGCCUCUUCCCCGGCCUCUUCCAGGACCAGGGGACGGUCUUGGCCCGGCUCAACUUCCUGUGCCUGGUGUGCGUGGAGAGUGAGGGCCCGGCCGCCGAGCGAGGGGCCGGCUACCUCCUGGACCACGUGCUGGCCCUCGGGGGGCUGGUGGCCGGGCGGGGCGGGCCGGAGGCCACCCGGCUCUUUUUCCGCGCGGCGUUCCUCUUUGCCCGGUACUUCGGGGCACGGACGCAGCCCAUGGCCGAGCUGACCCGGUGCCUGUUGGGCCUCUACCGCCGGGACGGUGCCUUGGCGCCGCACGUGAUCAACCUGUUGGACGAGGCCUGGGCGGCCCUGGAGGACCCCAGCUGGGCCGCCGCCCUGGCCCGCGCCUUGCAAGAGCUGAUUGUGGGCUCCCCGCUCCGAGCGGAGGAGCUGAGCUGGCACCUGAAGGUCUUGGCCCGCUUGGCCAAGGAGAAGGACCUCUCCCAAGGGAGCACCUUGAGGUUCCUGGGGCGCCUGGUGGCCUCGGGCCAGCUCGGGGACUGGCGCUCGGGGCAGACCCUUCUGAGCGUCUGCCGGAACCUGAUGCGGCUCUGCCCCCUGCCGGCUUCGGCCCCCUUGAUGGACCUGCUGCAGGCCGUCUCUCGGGGCCACGCCGACAUGGACGUCCGGGACCAGGCACGCUUCUACUACACCCUGCUGGCCAACCUCUCCGAGGAGAAGCUCCGGGCCGUGCUGGCCCCCGGGGGCCCCGUCAAGGCCCGGACGCUCUCCUCCUCCGUCGUGGCCGACAGCGAGAGCUUUGUGGCCGCCCUGAGUGUGCACCCGGCGGCGUGCGGCCCCCUGAGGCUGCAGCGGGUCCCGGCCGGCGGCCAUGUGCCGGCGGCCCCCUCCGCCGAGCCGAGCGUGGAGGGCUACUGCCGCUGGCUGUUGGAGCCGCGGCCCCCCUCGCCGCUCUGCCUGACCUACCGGCUGCUCCACACCGGCCCCCCCGGCCCCCCCUACGACCUCCUGCUCUGCGUGGUGCUUCGUUUCGUCUGCUCCGACGCUCACUACGAACCAGUGCCGGAGAUGUGCGUGCCUUGCCUCUCCGCCGGCCGCCCCCCGCCCACGCUGACCCUGGCGAUCCGGCCGCGCUGCCCGUAUCCCACCCGGCUCGACGUCUCCGCCCUGUACACGACCCGGGAGGGCCUCACCCGUUGCAGCCAGAUGGAGCCCCUGGAGGUGGCUUUCUCCGACCUCUUCGUGCCCCUGGCUGUGCCGGCUUGGCCUUCGGAGCGGCUGGGCCAGCUCUUUCGUGCCCUCUGGCACCGGCUUGACCCCGGCGGCAACCGAAUGUGUGCCGAGAGCCUGGUCUGCUGGCCGGUGGCCCCCCCGGCCCUGGGAGGCCUGGUCCAAGGCCACCUGGCCAGGUACGUCCUGGCAGAACAGCCGGGCUCCUACAACAUCGGCAUGGCCCUGCCACCCGGGUACCACAUCCUACUGGCGGUGCAGAGCAUGGAAGACACCGCCCGGGUGGCGAUCCGCACGGACAACUGGAAAUUGUUGCCGUCGCUCAGCACCUACUUGCAGGGUCUCGUGGGGGCCAGGUGAGGGGGUGUCUGCCUGCCGGGGGUCGGACUCACGGGGGGACGCGUUUGGGAAAGGUCUUGGUCACGCUGAAAUAAAACCUUUGGCAAGUCACUGGCAGCCGGUUGGAUGGACAAGAGAUUUUGUGGGGUAAGCCACCUCAUGGCACAGCGGGGGAAAUGACCAGCCGAGAGGGCAAGAGGUUGCCGGUUGGAAUCCCCGCUGGUAUGUUUCUCGGACUAUGGGAAAGUCCUGUAUUGGGCAGCAGCGAUACAGGAAGAUGCUGAAAGGUGUCGUCUCAUACUGUGCGGGAGGAGGCAAUGGUCAGCCCCUCCUGUAUCCUACCAAAGACAACCACGGGGCUCUGUUGUGGCCAGGAGUCAACACCAACUCAAUGGCACAACUUUACCUUUAAGCCAUAGGGGUUGUAGAGGCUGAGGUUCCCAGUGUUACACAAAGUUUUCAUGGUGUGUGAUGGCUCACUUUACAUUGUGGCUGGUUUCCUCCCAAAGGGCACAGAGGUGCACGGUAGUGUGGAAGAAAUGGCCCGAUCCAUGGGGCAGCCCCCUAGAUGCGAGCCCAUGACAACUCCCAUACUGUGCCAGAGAUGGUAUUUUAACUUAGGGGGCCUUCUGGCCAAAUGCUUCUGAGUGUCUGGGCUUUUCAGGCUCUUAUGAUGAUGAUGAUGAUGAUGAUGAUGAUGAUGAUGAUGAUGAUUUUCUAUUAGGGAAAACUUGCAUAUUCACAGAAGUACAAUAAAUCUUACAAGAAGAAGAAAAAUAUUCCUACAUAGAGAGGAGAGCUGGUCUUGUGGUAGCAGGUAUGACUUGUCCCCCUUAGCUAAGCAGGGUCUGCCCUGGUUGCAUAUGAAUGGGAGACUUGAUGUGUAAGCACCCAAAGAUAUUCCUCUUAGGGGAUGGAGCCACUCUGGGAAGAGCAUCUAGGUACCAAGUUCCCUCCCUGGCAGGAUCUCCAAAUCAGGGCUGAGAGAGACUCCUGCCUGCAACCUUGGAGAAGCUGCUGCCAGUCUGGGUAGACAGUACUGAGCUAGAUAGACCAAUGGUCUGACUCAGUAUAUGGCAGUUUCCUAUGUUCCUAGUUGCCAUAAGUAGUAGUAGUAAAUUUAUUACGGUCCUUAGACCAGCUUAACAUUUAAAAUAAUACAAUUAUAAAUUACAAAAUAUUCAGAUUGCUAAUACAAGCUCUACGAAGCUUUCGAGUUGCCAUAAAGAGAUACCGCCCAGAGACACGAGUUGGGGCGGUAUAAAAGUGUAAUCAAUAAAUAAAAAUAAUAAAUAAAAUAUCAGUACCUUCAGAAGAAGAAGGGAAACACACACACACGUAGAGGAGAAAAUAAUGAAAACGGUUGUAUAUUGUCCUGAAAGCGAAUAUUCCAGUAUUUAAUAAAUAAACUCCAUUCUCCCCUAAA